AUGGACGGACGGACAGACGUGCUCAAGACGGACUUCAUAAACCUCCUUCAAGUAUUGGAGAGAAUAACCAUUCGCCAUCUUUUUUUCUUCUUAGGCUGUGAGGUUGAGAUUCUUGGUGUCAGACCUACUUACUGCCUAGAAUAUAAAAAUGUCCCGGAUAUCAAUUUUGCCAAUGCAGUCAGCGAUGCUCUUGACUCACUCAAGAGUGGCCGGGCUGACCUAGCAGCCAUUUACCAUGAGCGCAUCGAUGUGGAAGGCCACCACUACGGCCCUUCGUCACCACAGAGAAAAGAUGCCCUCAAGGCCGUGGACAGUCUGAAGUACAUGACCCAGUGGAUCCAGGAGCGGGGCCUGCAGGACAACCUGAAUGUCAUCAUUUUCUCAGAUCAUGGGAUGACGGACAUUUUCUGGAUGGACAAAGUGAUUGAACUGAGCAAGUACAUCAGCCUGGAUGAUCUGCAGCAAAUGAAGGACCGGGGGCCCGUUGUGAGCCUGUGGCCAGCCCCAGGGAAGCAUUCGGAGGUAUAUAGCAAACUCAGCUCAGUGGAACACAUGACCGUCUACAAGAAAGAAGCCAUUCCCAACAGGUUCUAUUAUAAGAAAGGGAAGUUUGUCUCUCCUUUGACUUUGGUGGCUGACCAAGGCUGGUUCAUAACUGAGAAUCGGGAGAUGCUUCCAUUUUGGAUGAACAGCACUGGCAAGAGGGAAGGCUGGCAGCGUGGAUGGCAUGGAUAUGACAAUGAACUCAUGGACAUGAGGGGCAUCUUCCUGGCCUUUGGACCUGAUUUCAAAUCCAACUUCAGAGCUGCUCCAAUCAGAUCUGUGGAUGUCUACAAUGUCAUGUGCAAUGUGGCAGACAUCGCACCACUGCCCAACAACGGGUCCUGGUCCAGGGUUGAAUGCAUGCUGAAAGGCCAGGCCAGCUCGGCUCCAUCUCUCCAGAUGAGCAUCUGUGCUCUGGUCUUGAUUCUCUUCUUAUUGUUUGCAUAA